AUAUCGAUGAGAGGAAGGAAUGUGUAAAUAGUAUCGUACAAUUUCUAUCAAAAACUGAUAAAUAAAUAAUACCGUGCUUUCACGGUUUCAAGAUACUUUCACGUUUCUACUCUCGCUAUACUAUUGCUAUUACUCGAUUAAAUAAAAUUUAAAUAAAACGAUGACACGAGAAAAGGACGGAGUGCGGAGUAACAAAAGCAACGAGAGUAUUCAGGAACGAAAAGCCGUCGAGAUGGAAAAUCGUCGACGAGCAUUGUUCAACAAAAGCGAAAAUAAACAGCGUUUACGUCAAGCACAUAUCGAGCGCAAAGAGACGAUAGAAGCAAUCAAAUUUCAUCAAGCUAAAAAAGUCUUUGACGUGAAAAUGAAACAAUCUGAACGCGCACACCGAUUAGCCCAAGAAUUAUCGCUCCGUAAACAUUUUGAAUUGGAAGAAUUUUUCAAACGGAGGAGAACAGGCGAUGCUGUAUCGAGUGUUUCGAGUUGCAAUGCGGAGGACAUGGAAGUUAAAUUAACCGAGAGGAGAAAACAAGAAGAGGAGGAGGGGAAAGAUUCAAAGUUAAACAGCGUAUGGCCCUAUACCAACGACUUUGACUUCGUGAAACAAGAACGACAGAAAAAACUAAACUACAAAAGAGAAUUACAAAAUCAGAUGAUAGACAAUUGCCGCAGGCAUCGCGAGAGAGAGGAGGAAAAGCACCGUGAACGCAAACUAUCGGAGGAUAUCGAAAAGGCACUGCGCGUAGAGGAUCUAGAAGCAGAGAAACGGAAAAAGGAUACCGCUUUUCUGUUGCAAUUCGAAAGGGAAGCCUUCUCGAAGGCUCGACAGAUUUGGAAAAACAAACGUAGGGAAAUUCUCAGACGGGAAUACGAUGAUAUUUUACGUAUGGUGGCUAAGAAGGAGGUUUUGCAAAAAAGUGAAUUCGAGCAAAAGACCGAUACGGACGCGAAGAAGGAUGCCGUAAUAAAAACGCUAGCGAUUAAUAUAAAGAACGAAGAAUACAGAAAAUUCGAACGGGAAGAAAUUUACCAUGAGUUAUAUCUGGCAGAGAAAGAAGAUGAUUUUUCGAAUGAAGCACUCAAGCUGACUAUGAAGAAAAAGCAAACGGCUAAACAACUUUUACAAGACAUGGCGAGGCACCAAAAAGCUGCUGCUGAGAGGAAAGCCAAAGAAGACGCAAUCGAUGCGGCUCUCGGUAGGUAUCUGGCCGAGGAACGACGAAAGUUGGAGGAAAAGGAAAAGCGGAGGGAGCAAGUUCGCCGUGAGAAAAGUAUGCGAUACGGGAGCGAAUUAAGAGAGAUUAUAACGAAGAAUAGGAUACGACAUUCGCAAGAUGACGCUCCGGGCCGAUCCCCGUAUCUGUAGCCGACUGAAACGGUGAGGUACGCGGAAGAGAGGAAGACGACGACGACUCGAAGCAGCGCAAAAGAAAAAUGCAACGACAAAUAAUUUCAAUGACUCACUAAUCGAA